AUGGCUGUGGGUGAGGCCUUCCUGGUGCAUGUGAGGAUGGCUGUCAUGAAAUUCUGGCUGGGAAUCUUGCUCUUCCUUUCUGGAUGGUCUCAGAUUGGCCACUCCCAACACUACAGCCCCCCAGAAGUAGUGAUACCCUUGAAGAUAACUGGCACCCAUAGAGGCAUGAGGACCCCUGACUGGCUCUCCUACACCCUGCGCUUUGGAGGCCAGAGACAAAUUGUCCACAUAAAGGCCAAGAAACUUCUAGUGUCCAAACCUUUCUCUGUGUUCACCUACACAGACCAGGGAGCUCUGCUGGAGGAACAGCCUUUUGUCCAGAGUGACUGCUACUACUAUGGUUAUGUGGAAGGGGACCCAGAAUCCCUGGUUGCUCUUAGCACCUGUUCUGGGGGCUUUCGAGGAAUGCUAGUGGUCCAUGAUACUGUUUAUGAAAUCAAACCCAAAAGAUUUUCUGCCACAUUUGAACAUCUGGUUUAUAGAAUAGACUGGGAGGAGACACGAUUCCCACCCACAAGAUGUGGACUAACAGAAGCAGAAAUAGCACGACAACUGAAGCUUCUUCACAAGAAUGAUAUUAUAAAUUUAAAGCAAAGUGGCUAUGAGAGGUGGUGGACUCACAAGGGUCUUAUUGAAUUGGCAGCUGUGGUAGACUAUGAACGAUACCGUCAUCUGGAAAGCAAUAUCUCAAAUGUGGAGGAUGAAGUAAUCUUGGUUAUAAAUGCUGCAAAUGAAUAUUAUAAAGCACUGCAAAUUGAUUUGAUUUUAUAUGGCCUUGAGGUCUGGAACAAAGAAAACCCCAUAACUAUCAGUACGAUGGCCGAUACUCUGUCAGAAUUUUGCACUUGGAAGAAAAUUAGUUUUGAAACCCGCAUUCACCAUGAUACUGUACAUCUUUUUAUUAAGAAGUCAUUUGGUAAACUCCUUGGCCUAGCCUUUGUUGGAACAAUAUGUAAUAAUGUCUAUAAUUGUGCAAUUGAUUCUUUUGAAGGUGACUCGGUUUCUUUUUUUGCAUACAUUGUGGCACACGAGUUGGGUCAUAAUUUGGGUAUGAAGCAUGAUGAAAACACAUGCACAUGUGGGCAGAAGACAUGCGUCAUGUAUCCAUCAAAAACUAUUUCAAGUAAAUUUAGCAACUGUAGCUAUGCCAGCUACUGGGACAUUGGUUCAAGAAAGAGCUGUAUACAUGAUACACCAGACCCAAAGGCCAUCUUCUCAAAGAUACAGUGUGGGAAUGGUGUUAUUGAAGAAGGAGAGGAGUGUGACUGUGGAUCCAUGAAAUUGUGUUCAGAAGAUCCUUGUUGUUCGAUGAACUGCACCCUGGAAGCUGGGGCUGUUUGUACUUUUGGGCCUUGUUGCAAAGACUGCCAGUUCUUGCCAUCAGGCACAGAGUGUCGGAAAAAGGAAAAUGAAUGUGAUCUUCCAGAGUGGUGCAAUGGAACUUCACAUGAGUGUCCAGGAGAUGUAUAUGUGCAGGAUGGGUUCUCUUGCAUGGACGGUGGCAACUGCUAUGAAAAGAGAUGUAAUAUACGGGAUGAACAGUGUAAGCAAAUUUUUGGCAUGGAAGCCAGGAGCGCCAAUGAGAGGUGCUACAAGAAUCUGAACACCCGAGGUGACCGUUUUGGUAACUGUGGUCUUGGUAAACAAGCAUAUAUUAAGUGUGAUAUAUCAGAUGCCCUCUGUGGAAGAGUUCUGUGUGAGAAUGUGUUAUUCAUUCCCUAUUUGAGAAAUCAUUCUACUGUGCACUCGACUAAUUUAAGUGGUAUGACCUGCUGGGGUACUGACUAUCAUUUUGGGAUGAACAUACCAGAUAUUGGAGAAGUGACUGAUGGCACAGAGUGUGGUGCAGAACGUGUGUGCAUUGACCGGAAGUGUGUAUUUAGGUCCGUCUGGGAAAGUGACUGUACACCAGUGACAUGCAAUAAUAACGGGGUCUGCAACAACAAAGAUCACUGCCAUUGUAACUCUGAGUGGGCUCCACCCCGCUGCUUGAAAAAAGGCUACGGAGGGAGUGUUGAUAGUGGCCCGCCUCCUCAGAAAAAGGUAUCAAAGAUGGAAAUUUCCAAGAAAGCACUAUUACUAAGUUUAUGGAUUCCUACUCUCCUUUUAUUUAGCUGUUGGAUUUUGGCAGUUUGGAAGAUGCAAAAAUAUUAG